UAACUGAAAAACUCAUCCACUAAAUCUCUUCGCAUCUACAACUUCUGUUCUUCACUUAAAAAGCUUCGAGAAAAUCGAAGAAGAAGAAGAAGAAGAAGUAUCAAUGGGGUGCGUCUCUUCAAAACUUCACCGGAAGGACCUUCAGAGGAACAUCGUCGUCAACAAUGGCAGCGAGUAUCUCAACCACGUCGUCUCUUUAACUUCCAGUACUUACGGCGUUCUCAAUCUCGACGCCGAUCAGAAAUCGAAGGAUUUAGUUGCAGAGGCGACGAAGAAAUCGCCUCCUCGCGAAGAAUUAGAAGUGAUUAACACUUGGGAGCUUAUGGAUGGCCUUGAAGAAGGAAUUCCGAUGGCAAAUCGGGGCAAAAAAAGCCCUAAAAAUAGAGUGUUUCUUCGCGGAUUGGUCGAUUUGGAUCGAAGAAGUCCGUUGAAGUUCUUUAAUCAAAUUGGUACUCCGAAGAAGGCGAUUAGGUCCGUCGGGAAGGAGAAUCGAGGCAGAGUCAAUGGCGUCGGGAAGGAUAACAGUCCGAGAAAGAAUACGCCGAAAUCGUCGGUAGUUUCUCCCAAAUCGGCUCUGAAAUUGAGUGUUCCGGUGAAGAAUACGCCGAUUUCGGCGAGAAGGCAGAGUUUCCGAAGCGAUUCGGGCCAUUUCUCGGCUAGACGGAGGAGUUUGAGUCCACUAUUCGAUCCAGAGCUGGUAGCGUCGUACGAGAAAGAAUUAAACGAAGAAGGAGAACAAAUCAAGAGAAUCGUUUCAGAGACGCCGAAAUCUAAAGCGGCCGCGAGACAUUUUCAAGAAUCGGACAUUGCCCUAAAAAAAGAGUUCGAGGAACGUCGCCCGCCCGGCGGCGAAACCGCCGUCGUAAUCUACACGACGACACUUCGAGGAAUCAGAAAGACAUUCGAGGACUGCAACAAGGUUCGAACGAUCGUCGAAUCUUACGGCAUUCACUUGAUCGAGAGAGACAUAUCAAUGGAUUCCGGUUUCAGAGAGGAACUGAGGGCGUUGAUAGACAGUAAAGAGGUGAAAGUUCCGGCGGUUUUUGUGAAGGGGAGACUAAUAGGAGGGGCGGCGGAGGUGUUGAAAAUGGAGGAGGAGGGGAAAUUGGAGGUUCUGUUUGAGGGGAUUCCGAGGGCGGCGGGCGGAGGAGGGUGUGAAGGAUGCGGGGGCGUGAGGUUUGUGUUGUGUGUGGAUUGCAAUGGAAGCUGUAAGGUUUUGGAUGAGACGAAGAAGAAGACGAUGAAAUGUUGCGAGUGUAAUGAAAAUGGGUUGAUUCAGUGUCCUAUUUGUUCUUGAAUUUUCACCGAAAUUCAGAAUUAUUAGGGUUUUAUUUAGUAGGGGAGGAGGAGAAAUCAAGUUUUAGGACCUGUGUGCGUUUUGUUGGUAAUGUAUUAAUUAUUUGUGUAUUAUUAAAGCCUAAUUUUUCAUCUUAACACCAUGAUGAUUUUAUUAUUGUAUUUUUUUUAUAGUAAUUUUUAAUGUCGUGUUAAUCUCU